CGGAAGUGCCGCCAUCUCCUCGCACCAUCCGAGCAACAACAGGGUCAGUCCAGACGAUAUUUCACAAAGUUGCUCUAUGUUAUUAUUAAAAUCAGUUACAUGACACGGUGUAUAUUUAUACGACGAACAGAGCUCGAGGGGUGAUAGUUGUUAAGGAGAAUCACUAUCGUGUCUCUGUCACACUCACGCGCGUCUCUUCAUGAGUUCAGUUAGCUUAGUACCGCGCGCUCAUCUUUAAAUGAGUGUUUUUAAUCCAGCACCGUGACAGAGACAACAACAACACCACCUUCCUCUUCUCCCACCCUCCCGUCUUCACUACACCUACUCUGCUUUCCGCCUGAUCGUGUUUGAGAGAGAGAGUACCUGAGCUCAUCGUCAUUAUUUCACCCCUAAAUCUGUGCCUCUGGGGCCCCAAUGUUGCCGUGCGGAGGUUUGGAACAGUGGACAGGCAAAACACUGAGAGCUCUGUGACCCUGACUUGAGCACGUGUGCAGAGACUGGGGUGGGGGGGGACCGACACUCACAGAUUUAGCAGAACCUGAUAGCCAGCCUGUUGCCAUGUCGACAUCAUCACUACGGCGGCAAGUGAAGAACAUGGUUCACAAUUUCUCAGAAGCGGAGAUAAAGGUUAGGGAAGCAACAUCUAAUGACCCAUGGGGUCCUUCUAGCUCUCUUAUGUCAGAGAUUGCGGACCUGACAUACAAUGUAGUGGCCUUCUCAGAGAUCAUGAGCAUGGUCUGGAAAAGACUCAAUGACCAUGGCAAGAACUGGAGACAUGUAUAUAAAGCUAUGACUCUAAUGGAGUAUCUGAUAAAGACGGGUUCAGAGCGAGUAGCACAGCAAUGCAGGGAAAACAUCUACGCCGUUCAAACACUCAAAGACUUCCAGUAUAUAGAUAGAGAUGGCAAGGACCAGGGUGUGAAUGUACGGGAAAAAGCCAAGCAGCUGGUGACUCUGCUAAAAGAUGAGGAGAGGCUACGAGAGGAGAGGAUCCAUGCUCUGAAGACCAAAGAGAAGAUGGCACAGACCAGCAGUGCCUCUUCGGCCCCUACUGCUCCAGCUGUAGGGGGAGGACUGCACUCAGGAGCAGAUGCUGAGCAGGCAUGGCCCCAGAGCUCAGGAGAAGAGGACCUGCAGCUCCAGUUGGCUCUGGCUAUGAGCAAGGAGGAGGCGGAGCAGGAGGAGCGUCUGCGCAGGGGGGACGACCUGAGGCUGCAGAUGGCCAUCGAGGAGAGUAAGAGGGAGAAAGCCAAGCCCGAGGAGUCGUCUCUGAUGGAGUUGAGUGCGGUAGAUCCGUGGGGGGGCCCUGCAACAGGCUCUGCGGGACCCUCUCCUCCUUCCGCUCUGGCUCCUGCACCUACCGCUGGGCCUUGGGGCCCAGCUGACCCAUGGGGAGCCGUCUCCCCCGCCACUCCGCCAAGUGCUGACCCCUGGCAUGGAGCACCACCAAAAGUAGCCCCAGACCUGUGGGGUGACACUUCAUCUGGAGUGAAAUCUGACCCCUGGGCAUCUACAACUGUGACCCCUCCAAGUGCCGACCCUUGGGCUUCCUCCGUGGCAAUGGCCCCCAAUCUGCUCUCAGGGUCUUCUGAUCCCUGGGCAGCGGAUGGAGCCACCCCUGCCACUGAUGGUUUGACCUCUGACCCCUGGAGUGGCUCAGUUAAACAGACUAAUGGCACAGCAGAUCCAGAGAGAAGAGGCUCCUCAGUGACUGGUGAUGCAAGUGGUGGAGGGAGCACAGGCUCUCCAGUGCCCUUUGACCUUUCUCCACUCGGCUCCUCGCUGCCUGUUCGAAAAACACCAGAAUCAUUCUUGGGGCCCAAUGCAGCGCUUGUGGAUCUGGACUCAUUAGUAUCAUCAAAACCCAAACUAAAACAACCACCACCACCAAUCAUCUCCUCCGCAUCUCACAACCCCUUCCUACAGACACAGGGUCCUUCUUCAUCAGGAAUGGGUGUUACACCGGGAAGUACAAUUUCCAGUCGAGGGGUAUCUCCAACACCUCCUUCAACUUCUAAUCCAUUUGGCACAAACCCAAUGGCAUCUAUCUCCCCUCAACCCUCUUCACUUGGUCUAAGCCAGCUCCGUACAAGCCCUGUUCCCCCAAAUCCUAUGUUUAGUCACAUGCCUCCACCAACAGUGGGAAUGGUUCAGCCAGGGAUGGGUAUGCCAGGAAUGGGGGUCCCUAUGGUGGCCCCUGGUAUAGGCAUGGGAAUGGUACAGUCUGGUCCAAUGGGCAUGCCAUUCAGUGGAAUAUCUCCCAUGGGUCCAGCAGGAAACCCCUUGUUUAUGGUCCCGGGAGGCCCUGCGCCUCCUGCACUAAUUUUGGGUGGGCCGACAGGGGUGGGUGGAAUAAUGGGAACAGGGGGAUCUGUGGGAGGUGGAACGACAGGCGCAAGCACCAACCCUUUCCUCCUUUGAGUUUUCACCGAUCUCAUGUGCCCUGUCCAAUCAACAAUCAAUCCAAUCUUGCUCUCCCAACACAAACAGUUUGUGUGUUUGAAUUUUUUUUUUUUAAUGUGUACAUCUCUCUAUAUUUUAUGAAAAAAACUUUUUUUUUCUUUUUUUUUUCACAAAGCAUUUAAUUUUUUUUUUCAUUUUAUUUUACACAGUGUUUGAGGUCUAUUUAUUUCCCUUUUCAAUUUAUAUUAUAUUUGUUUUCAGAUACAAGCAUGGAUGAUUGGCAGGGGUCUUUCAGUGAUGCAGGCUGUUAAUAUAGUUAUAUGUGGAAGAUUGUUAUUGCUCAAAAAAAGAAAGUUGAAGAAAGUUGUAGGGAAAAAACAAGCCACUAAUGAACUGAUCUCAGUGAAUCAUACACAUCUUUCUCCCCCUUUCAUUGAUGGUUAAAUAAAAGAGCCGGUGAGUCUCUAAUGAUCGAGUGCAUGAAGGAUGACCGUGGGACAGGUUCACUCGGAGCGGAUUGAGAAGAAUUCAACUCUCCAUUUCAUUCACAACUCUAGUAAAAAAUCAUUCAAUAAUUGUAUUUUAAUUUAAUGUUUAAUCUUGUGUAAUUUAUUUUUAUCUUAUGUCUCUGACUCCUGGGAACAUUUAAACCAAGGAAAUUUGCACUGGAAAUUGCCAUUAAAAGAGAUGCCUGCUUGGUCUCCUUGGACCUUCGAAAUUUCAGUCUUAUACACUUGUGAGUUGCUAAAGGGGGCUGUCUGUGUGUUUUGGGGAGAGUCAGUGUGUGUAUGAUGACUUGUCCAAUCUUUUCACUCAGCUCACUGCUGUGCAUUUGUUGGGGUUUUAGCAGCAUAGUCUCACAAUAUGACUUGACUCAUCUUUUGUUAUAAGGGUCCUUUAUUUUCAAUUAUUCAUUUGUGUAGUUCUCUUCAACUCUUGUAAGAAUCAAAGCAUUAAUUCAACAUCUUUUCAUGUGAGAAGCGAUGACUGUCCUUGAAUUUCACUUCACCUUUUUCCUUUUGGAUUUACACAAAAUGGGGAGAGUUAAGUGUUUAUGCUUAUGCUUUUUAAAAAUAAAAAUAAAAUGGGCCUGAAUGACUAAGUGAAAUCAUACUACAAAAAUUGGGGAAUGAAUGAUAUAAUCCAUGCUGUAAUUCUUUAUUUACUUUCAAUGAAUUAUUUUAUAAAUGAAAAUGACAUAUUUCUAUAAUAUUGACUAUGGUCAGAAAUUGUGUGGUGUUGACUUUAAAAAUAAAAUAAAGUGGGAAAAAAAUAAUGAAAUGUAAAAU